UCUGCCUUUCUUUAGCUGUGUCAGUCUUUAAUUUCAAAUCUCGCGUUGCUAAGAACGCCUUCGUGGACAACCGAAACGGCGAAAAAGCGAAUUUGCUCGAGACUGGCCGUAAUUUGGCGGAAUAUCAGGCGACUGUGCUUUGAGAGGUUAGGAACGGUUACACUGAGCGGAAAGGAAAGUUGGUAUCGAAGAGGUUAGGGACGGCACUGACAAGAUAUCCGUCGUCCCCAAAGAGAGAUGUUUGCGAUGCAGAGUUGCUGUAUCAAGGGCUGCGAAAGUUACAAAAACAUUGCGUCGAAAAAUAUCGGCUAUUUUAAGUUCCCUUUACAUGAUGAGAUCCUGCUAAAUAAAUGGCUCAAGCAAAUCGGUCAAACCGAUUGGCAUCCGACGGAUCAGGAGCAGAUAUGUGGUGCCCACUUUCAAAAGAAAGAUAUCGAUUCGCAUCCAAAUCGGAAGUAUCCGUGUUUAAAGCCCAGUGCCGUACCAACAAUUUUUCCUGUACAUCCAGUCGUCAUUGAGCAAGGAUAUAAAAAUCGAAAGCCGGUCGAUAUUAAUGGACAGUCGGUAGAAAUGAAGAUCUUAAAUUCGGUUAAUGUUAAUCCUAAACUAACUGGCACUUUACCUGUUUUGCCAUCGAGCCCUUUGAUUUUAAUACCUACAUUAAUGAACCAGCCUCCGAAUGUGAACCAACCUUUAAAUGUUGGUCAAUCUUUGAUUCAUUUAACUCCUGUCACUCAAUCCAGAUUAAGAAAAAUUCUACCGAAACCAGAUCACAACAGUUUACCGAAAACUGAGAACAUCGUUAUAUUGCCUAAGAAGGAUUUUGGGGAGCCUAUUACUUCGACGCCGAAAGUGCACACAAUUGUCAAUAAGAAUCCAUCAAAGAUGAUUGUUCAAUCUAUUCCUGGAAACAAAAAACCAAUACUGAAGAUUACUAUUAAUAAAAUGUAUCGCAAUGGCACUCGACCUAAAGAGAUUGAAACUCAGUCUCAAACACUUUCUUCAAUAGGUUCUAACAAAAGUAAUCCAAGUGAGAUCGUUUCAAAAGCAGCAAUGGAAGUGAAUGUUAUUGAAAGCGAAAGAUCAAUCCCUGUAAAAAACGUUCAAUCGAUGUAUCAACCACCUGUGAAGCCUACGGUCUCUAUACCACCUUCUGAAAACAGUCCCGUAACUAUGGCAGUCAAUAAAAUCGAAAAACAUAAACAGGGAAAUGAAACUAUGACGGAAGUUCCAGACCGCACAAAGGGUGCAUCUCAAGAUCAUGCGUACAGCGCCUCGUCAACCUUGAAACUGAGGCACUUAUAUUCAAAGGCUCAAGAAGAUUGCACUCAGUUGAGAAUACGUCUGCAAAUGUUGCGACAAAAACACAAAGAAGAACAAGAGGAAAUUAGAAAGCUCCAGAAUCAUUUGAUUCAACUCGGUAAGAGGGUUCAAACGACACCCGACGAGCCUAACAUCUUGAACAAUACGAAGCCUCAAAGGAAAAAGAGAGUCUCUUUAUUGGAUGACACCGAACGCGAGGAAGAAUUUGAGAAGCUCCUUCGCGAAGUGAGGAAAAUUAAACAGGAAUUCAAGAGAAACAAGCAAGCGAAUUCCAAGCCAAAUACAAAAAUAAUCAAAAGUGGCAUUAGACCUGAGAUUAAAGAGGAGAAUGACAUCAAAUUGACAAACCGACAAAAGGAUCAAACGGUUCUCAACAUCGACGAGAAUGAGCUGUCAAAAUUGUCAGAUGUCGAUGAGGGGGAAAUAAUUGGGGAAAUCGAUGACGACUGCGACGACAUCAUCGAUGAUCUUGACGACGACUCGAUGGACUUGGAGUUCAAUGACGAGGAAGAGGACAUGGAUUAUCAGGAUGAAUAUUUGGAUUCAGAUUUAAUUGACGAGUGAAGGGGAGGCUGGCUUCGCCAAGGACAGUUUUGAUUCCAUCUCAAGAAAUGGUGUAGUGUUUGUACUAUCGGAAUGCAUAUAAUCAACACCGACACGUGUGUUCACGUGCACGAAACUGUGGCAAGUAAAACAUCAUUUUGAUUUUAUCUAAAAACUCUUAAUUACUUCCCACCGUCUCGGAGCGUUUCAUUGAUCUAUUUUCAUCCAUAAUGAAGCAUCUGAUUUUUUGUAGAUAUAAUAUCUUGUCAAGUCUGUGUAGAAUUCAAUGCGAGUGACACAGUUUGACAAGCUGGACAAUUUUUAGGUAGAACCAGCCAGAUGUUUAUUAUAAGGAUGAUAUUAUUACAAAACGAAAGUUUUAUAAAAGUACUAUAACCUCUCUUCCCAAGUUUGAUAGGUUCCUUCCGUCAAACUGUAUCUCUCUUCGUGGAAUGUAUCUCUUAUGUUGUACUUUGUUACGAGAUGGUUAAGACUUUGAACAGUUUUUCAUUAUAACCAACAAUGUGCAGCCUAUAAGCAAACUUUUAGUCUGUAAGUUUUUUACAGUAGGCAGAGAAUUCAAUUAAUGAUCUGCUGCACAUUAUUGUACGACCCUUGGAUUAUUAAAGCAUUCAUUACGAACACUGCAA